AGACGCCCGGAACUGGGGCCGCGGGCUCGCGCUCCUGGCUGGGGCCUGACCCCGGGUUAUCAUUCCUUGCCCCGCGAUGUCGCGCCGGAAGCCGGUUUCUGGCGGCGUGGCUGCCGCUGGCCCAGCCCCUGCAAGGCAAGCGGUUUUGAGCAGAUUCUUCCAGUCUUCGGGAAGCCUAAAAUCCACCUCCUCCCCGACGGGUGCAGCGGAGCCGAGCGAACCUGACUCUGACUCCGCAGCGCCUCCAGCGUCCACUUUCCAGACUCCGUUGCCGCCCCACGUGGUUGCAGAAAUUGACAGAAGUAAAAAGAGACCACUAGAGAACGAUGGGCCUGUUAUAAAGAAAGCAAAGAAAGUCCAAGAAAAGGAAGGACAAAGUGAUUCAGUAGUGUCUGGGAACCCUGAGUCAAGGAAAUGUCUGAGGACCAGGCUUGUUUUAAAGUCUCUGGAGAAACUGAAAGAAUUCUGCUGCGAUUCCGCCUUGCCUCAAAGUAAAGUCCAGAGGGAGCCCCUUCAGGAGAGAUUUGCAGUUCUGCCAAAAUGUACCGACUUUGACGAUAUCAGUCUUAUGCGUGCAAAGAAUGCACUUUCUUCCAAAGAGUCCAAAUCUCAAAUUGGUCAAAAGGACAAGACACUUUCUCAUCUCAGUCAUUUAGGAUCAUCACAUAGGAGUUAUGAAAACUUGCAGAAAAUUUCUGAUUCUAAACCACCUAACAAAAGGACCAAAAGCAUCUACACGCCGUUAGAAUUACAGUACAUAGAAAUGAAGCAGCAGCAGAAAGAUGCAAUCUUGUGUGUGGAAUGUGGAUAUAAGUAUAGAUUCUUUGGGGAAGAUGCAGAGAUCGCAUCCCGGGAGCUCAAUAUUUACUGCCAUUUAGAUCACAACUUUAUGACUGCAAGCAUUCCUACUCACAGACUGUUUGUUCAUGUCCGCCGCCUCGUGGCAAAGGGAUACAAGGUAGGAGUUGUGAAGCAAACAGAAACAGCAGCAUUAAAGGCCAUUGGAGACAACAAAAGUUCAGUCUUUUCCCGGAAAUUGACUGCUCUUUAUACAAAAUCUACACUUAUUGGAGAAGAUGUGAAUCCUUUAGUCCAGCUGGAUGAUGCCAUAAAUAUUGAUGAGAUGAUGACUGAUACUUCUACUAGCUAUCUUCUCUGCAUCUGUGAAGAUAAGGAAAACCUUAAGGACAAAAAAAGGGGGAACAUUUUCAUUGGAAUCGUGGGCGUGCAGCCUGCCACAGGUGAGGUUGUAUUCGAUAGUUUCCAGGACUCGGCUUCCCGCUCAGAGCUAGAAACUCGGCUGUUGUGCCUGCAGCCCGUGGAGCUGCUGCUUCCAUCACACUUGUCAGAGCAGACAGAGGCGCUCAUUCACAAAGCCACAGCUGUUACCGUGCGGGAUGACAGAAUUCGAGUAGAAAGGAUGGAUAACAUGUGUUUUGAAUACAGCCAUGCUUUCCAGGUGGUUACAGAGUUUUAUGCAAAAGAUAUAGUUGAUGUCAAAGGUUCUCAAAGUCUUUCUGACAUCAUUAAGUUGGAGAAGACUGUGAUUUGCUCUUUGGCUGCCAUAAUAAGAUACCUCAAAGAAUUUAACUUGGCAAAGGUGCUUUCCAAACCCAAGAAUUUUAAACAGUUGUCAAGUGAGAUGGAAUUUAUGACAAUUAAUGGAACAACGUUAAGGAAUCUUGAAAUCCUACAGAAUCAGACUGAUAUGAAAACCAAAGGAAGUUUAUUUUGGGUUUUAGACCAUACUAAAACUUCAUUUGGGAGACGGAAGUUAAAGAAGUGGGUGACUCAGCCGCUCCUUAAAUUAAGGGAAAUAAAUGCUCGGCUGGAUGCUGUAUCUGAAGUUCUCCAUUCCGAAUCCAGUGUGUUUGGUCAGAUAGAAAAUCAUCUACGUAAGUUGCCUGACGUAGAGAGAGGACUCUGUAGCAUUUAUCACAAAAAAUGUUCAACCAAAGAGUUCUUCUUGAUUGUCAAAGCCCUUUAUCACCUGAAGUCAGAAUUUCAAGCUUUAAUACCUGCUGUUAAUUCCCACGUUCAGUCAGACCUGCUCCAGACAUUUAUUUUAGAAAUUCCUGAACUCCUCAGUCCAGUGGAGCAUUACUUAAAGAUACUUAAUGAACAAGCUGCCAAAAUUGGGGAUAAAACUGAAUUAUUCAAAGACCUUUCUGAUUUCCCUUUAAUAAAAAAGAGGAAGGAUGAAAUUCAAGGAAUUACUGACGAGAUCCAAAUACAUUUGCAAGAAAUACGAAAAAUACUGAAAAACCCUUCUGUACAAUAUGUGACAGUAUCAGGACAGGAGUUUAUGAUUGAAAUAAAGAACUCUGCCGUAUCUUGCAUACCAACUGAUUGGAUUAAGGUUGGGAGCACAAAAGCUGUGAGCCGCUUCCACUCUCCUUUUAUUGUAGAAAAUUACAGACAUCUGAAUCAGCUCCGGGAGCAGCUAGUCCUUGACUGCAAUGCUGAAUGGCUUGAUUUUCUAGAGAAUUUCAGUGAACAUUAUCACUCCUUGUGUAAAGCAGUACAUCACCUAGCAACUGUUGACUGCAUUUUCUCCCUGGCCAAGGUUGCUAAGCAAGGAGAUUACUGCAGACCAACUCUGCAAGAAGAAAGGAAAAUCAUCAUAAAGAAUGGCCGGCACCCUGUGAUUGAUGUGUUGCUUGGAGAACAGGAUCAGUAUGUUCCCAACAGUACACAUUUAUCAGGGGACUCAGAGAGAGUAAUGAUAAUUACUGGACCAAACAUGGGUGGAAAGAGCUCCUACAUAAAACAAGUUGCACUGAUUACUAUCAUGGCUCAGAUUGGCUCCUAUGUUCCUGCAGAGGAAGCGACACUUGGAAUUGUGGAUGGCAUUUUCACGAGGAUGGGUGCUGCAGAUAAUAUAUAUAAAGGACAGAGUACAUUUAUGGAAGAGCUGACUGACACAGCAGAAAUAAUAAGAAAAGCAACCUCACAGUCCUUGGUUAUUAUGGAUGAAUUAGGAAGAGGGACGAGCACCCAUGAUGGAAUUGCCAUUGCUUAUGCUACACUUGAGCAUUUUAUUAGAGAUGUGAAAUCCUUAACCCUGUUUGUCACCCACUAUCCGCCAGUUUGUGAAUUAGAAAAAAAGUACUCACAACAGGUGGGGAAUUAUCACAUGGGAUUCAUGGUCAAUGAGGAUGAGAGCCAACAAGAUCCAGGCGAAGAAGCCCCUGAUUUUGUCACCUUUCUUUAUCAAAUAACCAGAGGAACUGCAGCAAGGAGUUAUGGACUAAAUGUGGCUAAACUAGCAGAUGUUCCUGGAGAAAUUUUAAAGAAAGCAGCUAGCAAGUCCAAAGAGCUGGAGGGAUUGGUAAAUAUGAAAAGGAAAAGGCUAAAGUGUUUUACAAAAUUAUGGACCAUAAAGGAUGGAAAAGACCUGCGAAAAUGGACAGACGAAUUUGAAAUGGAAGACAUGACAGACUUCUCUUCCUGAUUAAGAUGAAGACUACAUUUGAAACAGAAACUAGAGAAUUAAAAACACCACUGUACAAAACAACUGUCCAGCAACAGCCCUCGUGUGUGAGCAUAAAACAUGACCGUGGGACAUUCCUGUGGGAAACAGCUUUGGUGUAGAAAGUCUGUUUCGGGUCCCUGUCAUCCUGAUUUAAAAUAUAAACACUUUUGAAUAUUAAGACUUGUGUUAUGUAAUUAGAAAAUUUCGGGGGACGAUAAGCUUCACAUAAA